CUGUGUUUCUCUGGGUUUGAGGGUGGGGUUAGUUUGAGGAGGGGCGGCCUUGUCGAUCCCUUGUCAUUUUUCGCGAGUGCAAUCCGAGCGAGUCAGUCGGCGAGCGGCCCCGGAGCCAGGGACACACACACAGGGAGAGAGUGAGCCGAGCAGAGCCGAGCCUACAGCACGGGAGUGAACAGGAACUGACGAUGGGUGAAUACGUUGAGAAACGUGACACGUGUGGCACCAUCUGCCUCAAGUACCUGCUGUUCAUCUUCAACUUCUUCUUCUGGCUGGCUGGUGGUGUGGUGAUGGCGGUUGGUAUCUGGACCCUGGUUGAGAAGAGUGACUAUAUCAGCCUGCUGUCCUCCAGUACCUACGCUGCAACUGCGUACAUCCUGGUGGUGGCUGGGGUCAUCGUCAUGCUGACUGGGAUCCUCGGCUGCUGUGCAACCUUUAAGGAGAGGAGGAGCCUACUGAGAGUGUAUUUUUGCUUGCUGCUCUUUAUCUUUCUUCUGGAGAUCCUGGCGGGAAUUCUGGCCUACGUUUACUACCAACAGCUGAGUGAUGAUCUGAAGACCAAUCUGCGAGUGACAAUGAUAGAGAAGUACAGGAUGCCAGACCAGCUCCAUAUCACCAAGGCGGUUGACAAACUGCAGCAAGAAGAUGUGCUCUGUUUACAGGGAGGCUGUAUCACCAAACUGGAGGGCUUCAUCAUGGCCCACUUGAAGAUAAUCGGGGCAGUGGGAAUAGGAAUCGCCUGUGUCCAGAUUUUCGGAAUGAUUUUUACCUGCUGCCUGUACAGGAACCUGAAAGCGGACACUCCCUAUUAGAGCUGGGACUUACCGAAAGCUUCCUGUCAGCAUUCCCAUCUCACCAUUCCUGUUCCCCUGCUCCCCAACAGGAUGUGACACCAGAGGCCUUAGAAAGACCCUCACCCCGACACCCCACGGCCGCCACCCCUCCCCCAGCCUGGGACAUUUCCCCCCCCCCCCCAUUCCGCAGUCCCACUGCCCCUCUCUGGGACAUUCCCCCUAUCUACCCCCAGCAGUACGCCAUGCCCUGUGUUGAGCUCUGACACUGUGACCCUCAGGAGCGACCAUGUACAAACACCAUUGGGGCAUGUCACCAUGGAGACUCUGGGCCUUUUGAUGACUGACUGUCCUGGCGGAGCUCCCCGCUGGUUGUACAUUAUAACGUCACAGGAAAGUGAAUCUGCCCCUCCGUUCUCUCCCCUCCCAUGCCCUCUGAGGGGAAUGAUGGAGGCAGAGAGGUGGAGAAAGGGAAGAAUGCAGUGGGGGGGGAGAGAGAGAGAUUGGCUGCUGGGUAUAUACCAUGUCACACCCUCACACCCCUCUGUCAGGUAUGGGUAGCAGCAUUCAGUACGAAUGGGGAUGCCCAUUCUCCUUGGGUCACUUUGGCCUGAUUUCACAGACCCCUGACACCCACAUCCCCCGCUCCCCCCCCCACCCCCCCACCCACCUGGGCCUCGACACCAGUCUACCCCUGCCCAUUCCCUGGGUCCCAGUCCC